CAACAAACAGUUGUUUCAGUGAUCAGUGAUUUGAUGCCCAAAACAAUUGAACACUUAUUUUGUUUUGAUUGUCAAACGAAAUGACAUUUUGUGUUGAUUUGUAUUGACAUCUAUUUGGUUGUCGAUUGAAUGGAUCCGUCGGUGAUGUCGUGUCAACGUAUGGUGUCUUCUAAGACAUACGAUUAUGUCCUUAAAUUCCUAUUAGUCGGCGAUUCAGACGUCGGAAAGGAUGAGAUACUCAACAACUUAGACGAAGACAACACUCCAGACGAGCCCUCCUUCGGUCGGUGUCCGGGAGUCGGCUAUAAGACCACAAAUAUACUGCUCGACGGCAAACGGAUCCGACUCCAGGUGUGGGACACUUCAGGUCAGGGAAGGUUUGAGACAAUCUUCAGGUCAUACUCGAGGGGCGCUCAGGGAGUGAUUCUGGUCUACGAUAUCACCAAUAAGUGGUCAUUCGCUGGUCUCAACCGAUGGCUCAAUCAGAUCGAAGAGCACAUCCCAGGAGUGCCUAAAAUACUGGUCGGAAAUCGACUUCAUUUGGCGUUUAGACGACAAGUGAGUGAAUAUACGGCCGAAACAUAUGCUCACAAACACUGCAUGACAUUCUUCGAAGUCAGUCCUCUCUGUAAUUACAACAUCAGAGAGUCUUGCGCUGAGUUGUCUCGAAUGGCAUUACAACGCAAUGGUAUGGAAAACCUGAUGAGAAUGAAUACGGUUCUGUCACUGCAAGAGCUGUGUUGUCGAGCGAUAGUCGCGCGGACAACAGUGUAUAGCAUAGAGCGUCUACCGCUUCCCAAAACACUUAAAUCAUGUCUCAUAUCGUUUUCAUCGCUUCCAAACUACACCAUGUCUUGGAGGCCAUCGCGACAACAGUACAGAUCACCGAAAGAAAAGAAGACAAUUGCAAAGAAAGCCAAAGCAUUCUUCUCUUGUGAUAAUCUAACAAAAGCCAUGUCUUCGACAUCCAUUGCUUACAAUACCAACUCUGCCACCAAUCCAGCCAUCGCUGGCCACAGAAGAAGUCAUAACAAUGAACACAAAAACAGGUUCUGUACUGUUUCCUAGUCUCAAAUCACAGCAACAUUUGUCUCAAAAAUCUACUCAUUUUUAUCGACAAAAAAAUAUACAUUUUAUUAUUAUAUUUAAAACUCAUUUUUAUUUACGAAUAAAUCAUUUGCUUUUUA